AUGUCGCGGAUAGAUGCCAACCGUGCCGAAUCUCUUGAUAAUCAAGAUCCCACGAAAGAUACAGAUGGCGACAAGAAGCCUAAAAGCAGAAGACCAGCAAACACUGCUUUUAGACAGCAACGCCUCAAGGCCUGGCAACCAAUUUUGAACCCAAAGAGCGUACUGCCACUAUUCUUUGUCGUCGGAGUUAUCUUUGCUCCUAUUGGUGGUGUUCUUCUAUGGGCGAGUUCACAGGUGCAAGAAUUGGCGAUUGAUUAUUCAGAAUGUUCCGACAAGGCUCCCACGGGUCCUUCAUCGUCGCAAAUGCCCGGCGACAAAUAUACGUCGACAUUUAAAUCAUCUGCAAUGGACGCUCCAUUUUGGCAGCGGAACACUACGGAUAACACCACCUGCAUCCUGACAUUCUCGAUACCUGAAAGCAUGGGCCCGCCAGUGUUCAUGUACUACCGCUUAACCAACUUCUAUCAAAAUCACCGAAGAUAUGUGCAGUCUAUGUAUCUUGAUCAGAUGAAAGGGAAAGCUGUUGAGAACAAGACCAUCAAAGGGAGCACUUGUGAGCCUCUCACUAUUGACCCAGACACGCAGAAAGCAUACUAUCCUUGUGGAUUGAUUGCGAAUUCGAUGUUCAAUGAUACAAUCAACAGCCCUUGGCAGGUUGGGAGUGUGAAUGGAGAGGUGGAGUAUACAAUGACAAACAAGGGAAUUGCUUGGGAAAGUGACAAGGAAAUUAUAAAGAAAACAGAAUACAAACCAUGGGAGGUUGUGCCGCCGCAAAAUUGGCGUGAAAGAUUUCCAAAUGGAUAUACUGAGGAGCAACCCAUCCCUGACUUGGGCCAAGAUGAAGAUUUCAUGGUUUGGAUGAGGACUGCCGCGUUACCGACUUUUAGCAAACUCGCUCGAAGGAAUGAUACGACGGAAUUGGCACCUGGAAAUUAUCGGUUGAGUAUUCAAGACCGAUUCCCUGUCACCGAAUACGGCGGUGAGAAAUGGAUACUCAUAUCUACUCGGACUGUUAUUGGUGGUAAAAACCCGUUCAUGGGGAUCGCCUAUGUUGUAGUCGGUGGCACUUGUGUCCUGCUUGGGACACUAUUCACUAUCGCACAUCUUGUUAGACCCAGGAAACUUGGUGACCACACCUAUUUGACGUGGAAUAACGAUCAGGAUAGCUCUGCUAUAGCAUCUGGAAGGGACCAGAGGCUCGGGGCACAGGCUUCUUGA